GUCAUAUAACAUUAUUAAUUGUGUUGUAUAUAAAUAUUUUUUCUUAGAUAGUUUUUUCUUUUUCUUUCCCUUCCUUUCCAACCUCAACAGUAAUCAUAUUCUCGUUACGGAGUAUCGUUGAGGAAUCUGAGGAGUUGUUGUUGUUGUUGUGCUUGUGGAAAAAGUGGCAGUUAUUAUAGGCCUCUCUCUAAACCCAAAAAAAUAUAUAUAUACGAAGUUAAAAGAAGAAGAACAACAACAACAACAAACGGAAUCGCAAGUGCACGAGUGUUUGUGAUUUCAUUGAUGUGAUCUUCAAAAAAACAAAUUGGCUCUUUCUGCUUUUAAUUACCAAAAUCUCUGCCUCUUUUUUUUUUUUUUUCUUUCUUCUCUCUCUAUAUUUGGGUUGUGGAGAGAGAGAGAGAUCAUUUGGUUUUGUUCUUCUGCUGGGUUUUCAUUCUUAUUCUUUUCUAUCUUUGCCUUUCCUUUGGGGGGUUUUUGCCACUUUUGCUUUGCUUCUUUUGUGUGUGUUUGAUAUUUUUCAUGUCUCAACAAAGGCAAUUUCAGAUGGUGGGUGGUAACAACAACAAUCCGGGGCAGUACAAUGACACAACCUUAACCAAAAUCUUUGUUGGUGGGUUGGCUUGGGAGACUCAAAGGGAUACAAUGAGAAGGUAUUUUGAGCAGUUUGGUGAGAUCUUGGAGGCUGUUGUUAUCACGGAUAAAAACACUGGGAGAUCCAAGGGUUACGGUUUUGUUACAUUUAAGGAUCCAGAGGCAGCCAUGAGAGCAUGUCAAAACCCAUCUCCCGUGAUUGAUGGAAGGAGAGCAAACUGCAAUCUUGCAUCUCUUGGUGCCCAGAAGACUCGUCCACCAACUCCUCAACAUGGUUCAGGAAGGUUUAGACCGGCAACUGGCUUGGUAGCUUCACCUGCUUAUCAUGGAUCCUCAUCUGCAUAUUACCAUCAACCAACUGGUCAAUACACAUUUCCUUAUUCAGCUUAUGGGUACACUGGAUAUUCCCAAGAUGCUAUGUAUCCUAUGAACUAUUACAGUGUUUAUGGGGGUCAACAAUUCUCUCCUUAUUAUGCCACCUCUGGGGCAGCAGGACCACCUGGGAUGUACCACAAUUUUUACCCAUUCUAUGCACAAUACGCACAAAGUAGCCAGGCUCAGGGUUUUGGAGUUCAAUAUCCCCAAAUGGUACAGUACCCAUAUUUGCCUCAGAACUAUGGCUCUACUGGGAUACUUUCUCUUCCUUCUUCAAUGCCAACAACUAAUAGCACAGGUGCAACAUCAACAGCAGGGGUGAGUGGAACAGCUGCAGGUGCUACACAAGCCUCUGGGACAGCUUCUGAACAGAAUUCAUCAACUUAAAAUUCCAUUGGAGGAAAAAAAAAACAAUGUCUUCUUACAAGACUAACAACAUGGAUAAAAUGGUGAAAAGGGUCACAAGCAAAAGGAGAAAAAAGUGAAUAAGGAAAGAAUAUUAAGUUACUGAUAUGAUUCAAAAGGAUGUCUGAUCAGCUAGAAUAACAAGGGAAAGGAAUCCAAGAAUUCAGCAUGGGGAUCCAUUCAUACAUGGAACAGGCAUAUAGAGCUAUGUUAAAGCUUGUUCCACUAACCAUCUUUGCUUCGUUUUUCAAUUCAUGCCCCAAUAUUACCAUCUUCAUCAUCAUAUACAUGUUUGGUCUAGAACUGUAGGGAGUCUUUUUUUUUUUUAAUUUUUAAGUAGUUGUUAGGAUUAGGACAACCAUAUUCAUUUGUGUAUUGGCAUAAGGUAGAAACUAAAUAUUGGCUUUGGAUUCUUCCUUAUAGACUAAUUGCUAGAUGGUAAUGUCUCGGACGCAGAGAGCAUCCAAUGACAUUAACUUGUUUAUACUGGCAGUAAUGGGUUCAAAAGAUUGAUUUUGUAUCUUUGAACCCCGAUUGGUUGGUCAAGAAGAAAAGGUGAGCUCGGAUAGCUCAGCCAUUUAACUUGUAAUUUUUUUGUUUAUUCAUUUUUCAUUAUUGGUACUUUUUAAGAUAGGAUUAGUUGGGAAAAAGAAGAUUGUGUCUCUCUUGGUUUCUUUUUCUUACAGACAAUCAUCUUCUUUUAUCUUUCA